UCGCAGGGCUUCACGGAGACCUCUGGACAUCUGAGAAACCGGAAAGCUCGGCCACGAGUCAUCCCGACGCGGCUCAGUUCGAUAGUCUUGAUUUUCAACAUAUAAAUAACAAUUUAUAAAAAAAAAAUAACGGGGAAAAACGCGCGUCGCCAAUAUGAUGGAAGAAAUUGAUAGAUUUCAAGUCCCGAGCGCCGUGCAGGAGGCGGACAUGCAGGCAGAGAUGCAGCCCCUCGACCCAGCGUCUUCCACAGCAUCAGAGGCAGACUCAGACACCAGAGAGGGGGAGCCAGUCACAAUCAAUUACAAGCCCUCACCCUUGCAGAUGAAAAUAGAGAAACAGAGAGAGCUAGCCAGGAAGGGCUCGCUGAAGAACAGCAACACUGUAGGUAGUCCAGUCAACCAGCAACCCAAGAAGAACAACGUCAUGGCCAGAACACGGUUGGUAGUACCCAACAAAGGUUAUUCCUCCUUAGACCAGAGCCCAGAUGAGAAGCCCCUAGUGGCCCUAGACACAGACAGCGAUGAUGACUUCGACAUGUCUAGAUACUCAUCGUCGGGAUACUCCUCAGCCGAGCAAAUCAACCAGGACCUGAACAUUCAGCUGCUGAAGGACGGCUACCGUCUAGACGAGAUCCCGGAUGAUGAAGAUCUGGAUCUGAUCCCGCCCAAAUCCGUCAACCCCACCUGCAUGUGCUGCCAGGCAACCUCAUCUACUGCCUGUCAAAUACAGUAACCCUACCCUUCGACC